AUGUCCGAAUAUGAUAAUGUGCCAGGCGGUUCUUUGAAACUUAAAGGAAACAGCGAGUUAAUUGAAGAAACCAAGCCGAUUAGAGUUGUCACUAGGACCGAGGCUGAAAAGAAAUUUGAAGAGAUUCAAAGGAAGAGGUUGGAUGAGAAGGUGGAGAAAGCAGCGCGCAAAUCGCACAAGGAACGCGUAGCGGAGCUGAAUAAAAAACUAGAAGAAAUGACCGAACAUUAUGAUAUUCCGAAGGUUGGUCCUGGAUAG